CUCCUAGGCAACAUACAUACAUGUUCCAUACGCUUUCCCUCCAUUCAAAUCUUCAUUUUUCUCUCUCCACAGCCAUAGCCAAAACCCUCAAAGUAGCUAUUUUUAGAUACCUCCAAUUCUCCAUACCCUAAAUCAGAUACCUUUUUCCUCCUUAAUUUCCAUUUGGAAAAAGGAGAUUUGACAGUUGUUUCAGAGGUGAAGAAGAGUUAAAAAUGGAGAGAGAUUUCAUGGGGUUGACAGUAAAACAGGAGACUCCUGAUGAAACUAUGGAUUCAGGUCCAGUGAGAAGUUCAGCAAUGCAGUGGUCAUUUCCAAACAAGGUUUCUGCUGUUCCUCAAUUGUUAUCUUUCCAGGGUGCUCAAAUAGAAAAGCCUAAGACUGGUUUCGAUUCCCUUGCAUCGUCUGGACUGGUGACCAUAACGACGACUACAGAAGCGUUCGACUCUGAUCAGAAACCAUACUCUGGUGUCAUGCAGAGUUUGACACAUUCAGCAGGCACGCAACCUCUGGCAGUUCCAGUAACAAAUCCCGUCCUAGCUGUUCCUCCCAAUAGUUCUGUUGUGGAUACCUCUGGUUUGAGGUACGUCAAAAGACAGAGUGCUUCGAAGACUUCAGGGGCUCCUGCUCAGUUGACCAUCUUCUAUUCUGGUUCCGUGUGUGUUUAUGACAAUGUUUCCCCGGAAAAGGCUCAGGCAAUUAUGUUAUUGGCUGGAAAUGGGUUCCCUAUGACUUCUCGAACAACUGUCCCUGCCGCUCCAUCUCCAAUUAAAGCACCCGUGACCCUGUCUCCUGCUGUUGAUGAGUUCGUGGUAACUAAGCCUUAUGGUGCAGCAUUGCACUGUUCAAGUCCCAUAUCGGUAACAUCUAUUAAUGUUUCUCAGUCUGCUGGAGGGUUGGGUAGCAACAAUGAUUUGAUGGCUAUAAAACCAGCAGGAGUUGGUGCAACUCCAAAUAAAGUGGAGCCCUUGAAAGUAGUUGAUAUGAUCGGAUCUGUUCCUGCUAAUUUCCUUUCAUCAGGCGCUGUGCCUCAAUCUCGGAGGAAGUCUUUGGUUCGGUUUCUCGAGAGGCGCAAAGAAAGGGUGGUUUAUGCAUCGCCCUACGCCAGCAAACAAUCUGUGGACUGUAGCGCUCCCUUUAGUGCCAGUGUCUCUGUGAACUCUUCGGGCAGCUGCCCUGUCCAAGAAAUCAAGUAAUGUUGCUAGAUCAAAGCCGAAGGGCUGUUUCGGAACGUUAUUAUUGUAAACUGUAUUCUUUCUCGACUUCGUAUUUGUCUCUUUGUUGUGAUUGUAGUGCUUUUCUGGUUUAACUAUAAUAGGAAAGUUGGUUUUAAAUUUUUAACGGUAAAAAAUUA